CCAGCCAAUCAGCGGCUGUCAGGGACACACGAACGGUGAUAAUAUCCACGGAACAGGCUGCAGGCAGGAGGAACAAAGAAAGCCGCCCGCUGCCUGGAAAAACGUCCUUUCACUCCGUCAACACGGACAAAUAUCGACUGCUCGGAGGCAGUUUUUGCUUUACUUUAAACACUUUCUCUUGACUGUUAACGGCCACGCUGUGUCUUAGGCACGACUGGUUUUGUUGUUUUUUUUUGGUGAGGAAAGAGGAAACUUGGCGUCGUGAGAGCUUUGUCGGGUCGCCUUUCUCUCCGAAACCCUUCUCGCCUUGGUGUUUGGGAAGGUAACGUGCGGAUAUAACCAGAGCUUGAUAGUGUGACCUGUGCCCUGUUGACUUGGCAGAGAUGCACUUUUCUCAAGACGCCGGCACUCAGAUGGAUUAAAAGGAGUGUUCUUCCCCCUGGCUGAAGACAGCAUCUGUCAAACAGCACCCUUCCACCCAGGACCCACCGUGUUGCCAUUGCGCCCAUGAGGUAACGUCAGGACCUACCGCCCCCUCAUUACCACCCUUGGUCAAUCCGUUUCCCUCCCCUCUGUCCCUUUCCUUCCUUCGACCCACCCAGCCAUGGGCCAGAAGAUCUCUGGCAGUAUCAAAUCAGUUGACGUACGCGGGGAGCCCUCGUAUCGUCCGGUACGCCGCGAACUGCGGGGUCCGGAUUUCUGUCGGCCACCCAGGUUGGAUUUACUGCUGGACAUGCCGUCGGCCAGCCCCGAGGCCCAGCUUCGCCAUGCCUGGAACCCUGACGACCGCUCACUCAAUGUCUUCGUCAAGGAGGACGACAAGCUGACAUUUCAUCGACACCCGGUGGCGCAGAGCACAGACUGUAUCCGCGGGAAGGUGGGCUACACAAGAGGCCUACACGUUUGGAGGAUCCACUGGCCGACGAGACAGAGAGGCACACACGCCGUCGUAGGUGUGGCCACCGCCGAAGCAUCUUUACACUCAGUGGGCUACACGGCCCUGGUGGGCUCGGACUCUGAGUCCUGGGGCUGGGACCUCGGUCGGAACAGACUCUACCACGAUGGAAAGAACCGGCCCGCUUCCACAUCAGCACCUACUUACCCCUGUUUCCUGGAACCGGACGAAUCAUUUGUGCUCCCAGACUCUCUGACAGUGAUACUAGACAUGGACGAAGGAACACUGAGCUUCAUGGUAGACGGACAGUAUCUGGGGGUAGCUUUUAGAGGGCUAAAAGGCAAGAGACUGUAUCCCAUCGUCAGUGCCGUGUGGGGGCACUGUGAAGUAUCUAUUCGCUACGUCAAUGGACUAGAUCCGGAGCCCCUCCCCCUCAUGGACCUGUGCAGACGAGUAGCUCGACUGGCUCUGGGCAGAGAGCGCAUCCAUCACAUCGACACGCUCCCACUGCCGCAGACACUCAAGAACUACCUCCAGUACCAGUGAUACCACACAAACACACACAGAUGGGAAAAAAACGAGGCCCGCUUGUUCUUAUGGUAACCAGCCUGACUGAACUUAAUCUUAACCGUCAGACAUCUGCUGAGGAUGCGGACAAUGACAUUCAUGGUAAACAGGUGGUGAAGACGGCGCUGCAAGAGGGUUUUGUUUACAACAGUUGGGGUUAUUUUCCAUUUAGGAUGUUUUUAUCUUUUGGUUUUCAGCUUUUAUUUUUGUUGUUCUUGCUGACUGCUGUCUUUCUCGACAGAUGACUAAAGGAGCUGAUGAAUGAAAUGAGUACGAGAUUAAAAGAGAAUAUUGCAAUCCAGUUUCUUGCCAAUCACACGUAAAGUCAAACUACAUGUCGUCAGUUUGAAAGGGCUUGUGGUUUUAGGGCGACAGUUUACUCUGACACAGACUUUGUGGAAGCCUUCCUCGGAAACAUGUUGGUAUUUAUAUUCAUAUUCCCAACAACACAGCAGGCUCUGUGGAGACGCAACAAUCCCUCCAAGCCACAGGAGAGAGCGAGAGAUGGCAAGAGAGGGGGAGAAAGUCCACACACACACACACACAGAGUUCUAUUUUUGUUAGUGUGUGUGAGAGAGUGUGAGAACAGUGCACCACAUGGAUUACAUGUAUAUUGUUUGUGUGUGUGUGUGUGUGUGUGUGUGUGUGUGUCAGAAACAAAGCCCUAACUGUCUGUAAGAACACAACUCACUGACAAGCAGUCAGUUACCACCUACAGGCUGAAAAACACCACGACUCCAGUCUGGUUUGAACUCCUCUCUGUCACUCACUCUGGCUUGGUUUAAGCCUCCAUCAUGUUUGUUGGUCAGCUCUGUAUCUCCUGCAACGCUGAUAGAGAUUGAUCUGAAAGUGAAAGCUGUGUCUUUGGCUGCUAAUGUGCCUGCUAUGACACACACACACACACACACACACACACACACACACACAUACACAUAUAAAAUAAAGCACAUGGCACUUCUGUCAUAUCAGAAGACACCUCUUUCCCCCCUAAAAUUUUAAAUGCUGCUUUUCUAUCUUUUUCUUCCAUCUGGCCCUCAUCAGGGGUUUUAUCCAUGAUGUCCUUUUGAAAAUGAUGGUCUUAUUUUUUUUUUUUUUAAUGUUCUUUUUUUUUCCCUAUGGAUUUUGAGAUUUGUCUGUGGGACAAACGUCUCGCAGGUACAGGUGGAAGAAUGUGCUGCCACGAGUCUUUUAAAUGUGAAUAAGAAUAAACUGAGCAAAAUUCACA